AUGGGGAUAGGGCUGGGUAUAGCGUACAAGAACCGGAACAAGGGGGGAGGAGCGACAGGACCCAAACUCGUCUCGCAGUCCAGCCAGUGCUCGUCCGAUGACGGGCAUGCAGAGAGGUACUUCUUGGCGGGAAGGGAAGCAGCGUUCUGGGCUGUCGGCGCGUCACUCUUCGCUUCCAACAUCGGAUCCGAACAUUUCAUCGGCCUCGCAGGGAGCGGAGCCAAGGUCGGCAUGUGCGUCUCCUGGGGAGAGUGGCUGUCGCCCUUCGCCAUCCUCCUCCUAGGCUGGGUCUUCGUCCCCCUCUACAUCGGCUCUGGCGUCUUCACCAUGCCGGAGUUCCUCGAGCGGCGGUACUCGCGCGGGCUGCGUACCUACUACGCGUGCCUCCUCCUCUUCCUCUACGUACUCACCAAGGUCAGCGUCGCCCUCUACGCUGGAGCAGUCGUGCUGCAGCAGACGGUCGGGUGGGACCUGUGGAGCGGGGCCGUGAGCCUGGUGGUGGGGACGGGAAUCUACACGGCGACCGGGGGCAUGGCGGCAGUGAUCUACACUGAAGUGAUCCAGACCGUGGUCCUGAUCGCAGGCGGCCUCGUCCUCCUCUUCAUCGCCAUGCAGAGGGUCGGAGGGUUCGACAUGAUGUGGCAGAAGGUGUGGGAAAAGUGGGAGCACGCACAUUUGUUUCAACCACCUUCUCAUGAAGACUUCCCAUGGACUGGAGUUUUCUUCGGAAUGCCUUUCACCUCCAUCUGGUACUGGUGCACGGAUCAGAAUGUUGUUCAGCGAGUCAUCGCCGCCAAAUCACCAGCUCAUGCUCGAGCCGGAGCGAUUUUUGCAGCCUACCUCAAGGUACUGGGAGCGGCGGGCUAA